AUGCUGAGCGCUUUGCGAACCAGCGCGCGCAAGGCGCCUGCCCUGGCGCGCCUGGGCGUGCGCAACUUUGGGCACGACCCCGCGCACGCCGCGGCCGAGACUGACAAGUGGAAGAAGAUCUCGUAUGUCGCCAUUCCAUGCGUGGUCGGUUACACGUGCUUCGUCAUGGCCACAAUGAAGCACGGCCACCACGAGGAGUGGGUUGAGCUGCUGACGACUGCGCAGGUCGCGUACCAGUACAUUGGCAUCCGCAACAAGCCGCUGCCGUGGACGAACCGGGGCGGCUCCAAGUGCGACCUCUUCGACUACAAGUGCGCCGCCAAGGAGAAGGCCGCCGCUGCCGCGGAGUGA